AGGUGAUCAGGCCACUGCGCCACCCCAACAUCAUUCGAUACAUUUUAUAUAUCUUAUAUAUUUAUAUGGAAAGUGAUAAUGAGUAAAUGAUCUUUUUGGAGGACCUGUGGCUUUUCAAAUCAAGCACAUUUGUUUAAAAAAUAAAUAAAGCAAAGUAAACAAUAAGACAUGUUGAUAGUUUGAUUAAGUGUUAUUAACCUGCUAAAACAUAAAUAAUAAGACAUGACAAAGUUCUAACUACAGAAUACCAGUAAACAUUACCCAACCAUCCGCUGAAACCGGCUAUAUUUAGACGGUUUGCGGUGUUUUUGAGACAUAUUCAGCAUUUAGCAGCAUUAUUUUAAGUAUUCGAGGUCAACAAUAAGACGAAUUACAGCAGAAAGCACUGAAAAAAAGUGUCUUUAAUAACCGCUGACCGGUCUGUGCUGUUCUGAGAUCAGCUGAUCCGGUUCACCGGGAUCCACCUGAAUGUUUCGAAACAGAAACUGGCGAAACCACGUGACUCUGACAGCGGAAACACCGGCUGGAGAGACCGAGAGAGCGGUGUUUUCACUACAGACUCCCGGUAAGCUCCACACUCGGGCUCUGAGGGUUAUUAUUCUACAAGUCUAGAAGAGAUGUAGCAUGUCUGUAAACAUAGCCUAGCAUCAUUUCUGUGGCAGUUAUAUUUAGAGUUGUGGUUGGUUGGAAUGAACGUUAAAUAAAUAACUGUCGUUAACUUACGGUCAACGCUAACUAGCCGUUAACCGUCGCCGAUCAGACUGAGGUUAUCUAGAGGCAGCCGUUACCGGCGAUGGAGGAUCCGGUGUUCACGUUCGGUCUGAUCGCCGACGUUCAGUACGCGGACAUCGAGGACGGCGAGAACUACCUGCGGACGCGGCGGCGCUACUACCGGGGCAGCGCGGAUCUGCUGCGGGACGCGGUGCUGCAGUGGCGGCGGGAGCGCGUCCAGUGCGUCGUGCAGCUCGGAGACAUUAUUGACGGACACAACCGGCGGCGCGACGCUUCAGACCGCGCGCUGGACACGGUGAUGGCGGAGCUGGACGCGUGCUCGGUGGACGUUCAUCACGUGUGGGGGAAUCACGAGUUCUACAACUUCAGCCGGCCAUCGCUGCUCUCCUCACGGCUCAACAGCGCGCAGAGGACAGGGACCGACACCGGAAGCGACCUCAUCGGUGACGACAUCUACGCCUACGAGUUCAGCCCCGCCCCAAACUUUCGGUUCGUGCUGCUGGACGCGUAUGACCUGAGCGUGAUUGGCCGAGAAGAGGAGAGUGAGAAACACACACACUCCUGGAGGAUACUAACACAACACAACCACAACCUGCAGGACCUCAACCAGCCGCCAGGUACACACACACACACACACACACACACACACUCCUGGAGGAUACUAACACAACACAACCACAACCUGCAGGACCUCAACCAGCCGCCAGUGAGUGUGGGUCUGGAGCAGAGGUUUGUGAAGUUUAACGGGGGCUUCAGUGAGCAGCAGCUGCAGUGGCUGGACGCAGUGUUGACGCUCUCUGACCACAAGCAGGAGCGCGUGCUCAUCUUCAGCCAUCUUCCGGUGCACCCGUGCGCCGCUGACCCCAUCUGUCUGGCCUGGAAUCACGAGGCUGUGCUGUCAGUUCUGCGGUCGCACCAGAGUGUGUUGUGCUUCAUCGCUGGACACGAUCACGAUGGCGGACGCUGCACCGACUCCAGCGGCGCUCAGCACAUCACACUGGAGGGAGUGAUCGAGACUCCGCCCCAUAGCCACGCCUUCGCCACCGCAUACCUUUAUGAGGACCGCAUGGUAAUGAAGGGCAGAGGACGAGUGGAAGACCUGACUAUUACAUAUUCAUGAGCGGACAAUACAGUCAUCGUAUAUUCAUGAGCGGACAAUACAGUUAUCGUAUAUUCAUGAGCGGACAAUACAGUCAAUGUCACAUAUUCAUCAGCGUACAUUUACAUAUUCAUUAGCUCAGAACACAGUCAUCAUCACAUAUUCAUGAGUGGACAGAAUACAAUCAUCAUGAUAAUAAUCCUCAUGAGCAGACAGUCAACGUCACAUAUUCAUUGGUGGACAUUUACAUAUUCAUUAGCACAGAACACAGUCAUCAUCCCAUAUUCAUGAGCGGAGAAUGGAGAACACAGUACUCAUCACACAGUCGUGAAGGGACAUUGACAUAUUUAAGUGAAGAAUACAACCAUCAUGAUAAUAAUCCUCAUGAGCAGACAUUAAUGUCAUUUACAUAAGAAGAGCAAACAGCUUAUCAUUUCCAUGACUGGACAGUACAGUCUGUGUUGAUUUGUGUAUUUGAUGAUGCAUAUUCAUGAGCCGAGGACACAGUCAACAUCCCAUAUUCAUGAGUGGAGAACACGGUAAUUACCCAGCAAUAAAGUCAUUAACAUAUUCAU